UUCAUUUCCACCAUCAAGACACUCACUUCUCCCCUUUCCCAUAAGUUAUGAAGUAAGCUUUGAGUCAUCAUCAAUGGCUUGCUUGGAACUCUCCAAAGAGGUGAAGCAAGAAGAAGAAGAAGAAGAAGAGUGCACUAAUGAUGGAACUGUUGAUUUUCAUGGAAUGCCUGCAAUGAAAGGAAAAACUGGGACAUGGAAGGCUGGAAUUAUACUUCUCUUGAAUCAAUGUUUAGCUACUCUUGCCUUUUUUGGUGUUGGGGUGAAUUUGGUGUUGUUCCUAACAAGAGUGAUGCAAGAAAGCAAUGCUGAGGCUGCUAAUAGUGUGAGCAAAUGGACUGGCACUGUGUACAUCUUCUCUCUUGUUGGUGCUUUUCUUAGUGACUCCUACUGGGGAAGAUUCAGAAGUUGUGCCAUUUUUCAGGUCAUCUAUGUGAUUGGAUUAGUACUAUUAUCACUGGCGACACAACUUUAUUUGCUGAAACCGAAAGGUUGUGGGGAUCGAACAACUCUAUGUGGACCGCAUUCAACCAUGGAGAUUAGUCUAUUCUACAUCUCUGUGUGCAUGAUUGCUCUAGGAUAUGGAGGCUACCAACCUAACAUUGCUACCUUUGGAGCUGAUCAGUUCGAUGAGCAUGAUCCAAGAGAGAAACAAUCCAAACAGGCCUUCUUCAGCUACUUCUACCUGGCCCUGAACCUUGGUUCACUUUUUUCUAACACCAUUUUAGACUACUUUGAGGAUGACGGGAUGUGGGCUCUUGGUUUUUGGGCAUCUGCUGCUUCUGCUUUUGCUGCAUUGGUGCUCUUUCUUGGAGGCACCGUGAAGUAUAGGCACUUUAGGUCUAGUGGCAACCCUAUAACCAGGUUUUCCCAAGUUAUAAUCGCUGCAUCGAACAAGUGGAGAGUAGAGAUUCCAGAGAAUGAAGAUGCAUUAUACGAAGGCGAUGAGGAGAGCUCCACAACUGCUGGUGGAAAAAUGCUCCGCACCCAAGGUUUCAAGUUUUUGGAUAAAGCAGCUUUGAUAACAUCCAAGGAACUUGGCAAUGAGAAGCAGAGCAAUCGCAACCCCUGGUGCCUCUGCCCAAUUUCACAAGUUGAAGAGGUGAAAUGCAUCUUGAGAUUGAUGCCAAUUUGGCUAUGUACUAUAAUUUAUUCUGUAGUUUUCACACAAAUGGCCUCAAUCUUCGUCGAGCAAGGUGAUGCAAUGAAAACUACAAUCGGGAAAUUCAGGAUACCAGCAGCAAGUAUGUCUAGCUUUGACAUCAUGAGUGUAGCAGUUGUAAUAUUCCUCUACCGCCGAGUCCUUGAUCCUUUUGUCAAAAAGAUAAAGAAGCACAAGGGUGAGGCUCUAGGGAUAACUCAACUUCAACGGAUGGGUAUUGGACUUAUCAUAGCUGUGAUGGCAAUGCUAUCAGCAGGAAUUGUGGAGUGCUACAGGCUCAAGUAUGCUAGAAAAGACCAAGGCUCAAUCUCUCUAAGUAUCUUAUGGCAAAUUCCUCAAUACUCUCUGAUAGGAGCUUCAGAAGUGUUCAUGUACGUAGGCCAACUGGAGUUUUUCAAUGAACAAGCACCCGAUGGACUCAAAAGCUUCGGUAGUGCACUGUGCAUGACAUCGAUAUCACUAGGAAACUAUGUCAGCAGCUUACUCGUGAGCGUAGUGAUGAAAAUUUCUACAACUGAUAACAUGUCUGGAUGGAUCCCAGGAAAUCUUAACAAGGGUCACCUCGACAGGUUUUACUUUCUCUUAGCUGGCUUGACUAUCUUAGAUUUAGUUGCUUACAUAGCCUGUGCUAUGUGGUACAAGGGUAUAAAGCAUGGUGAAAUUAGUCAAGAACUUAAGGAAGAGGACAAAUGUAAAGUCUAAUGUACCAGACAGAAUUAUCAUACUUUUAGGCGUAUUUUGCCAGAACUAAAUAAAUUAGAGGAAGAACUAGUUCUCCUCAACUG